GGUCUCUGUCCCUCUCAGCCCUGGUGUGACCCCACCCAAACAUCAUCGGGGUCAGAGGGACAGAGACACCCCAAACCCCCAGAAGGGCUGGACCUGGGAUCAUGCUCCUACCCACAUUUGUCUGUUUAGCCCAGAAAUGAGUUCUGCACAUUUAAGGCUGGUUCUGAGAGUGAAGGGAGGGAGGAAGAAGUGAGCAGUUUGUUUUACAAACUGCACUCACUCCUCCACAUUCCAGCUCCUGGAGGGACAGAUGGUGGGACAGGGCUCUCCUUGGCUUUUAGGGUUUUUUUAGCUCUCUGAGGCAGAGAAGUUCCCUGGACUGUGAUUUUUCUUUUUCUUUGGAGCUGUUUUAACCUGCUCUGGACUGAACACCCAGAAGGGCACUGGCAGCUCACACCUGUGGCCCAUUGGGCUGAGUCUGGGCUGUGGCUUUUCCAGUGAUGGAGGAACUGAUAAGAGACAGAUAAGAGACUGAUAAGAGAAUGAGUGUGCUGAGCUACAGCCCAGGGAGGGACUUGCUGAGUUUGUCAUCUCUUUUGGAGUGGCAAGAGGCUUUGUUGUUUAAUAUUGGUCAUUUGCUCUGCUCGUGAAUCCCUUGCCUGUUAAAUAACCAGGUUUUUUCUACUUUUCUCCAAGGAAAUAUUUUCCCAAACUGAUUGGUGGAGGGGCCGCUUGAAUUUGCUUUCUAGUGGAAUCCCCUUUUUGAGGUUUUCUCCCAAAUUUGCCCUAAACCAGGACAGGGCAGUGGGGAGAGGAGAGAGCCCCAAGUAACUGGAUUGGCUGGAGGCUGGAGAUGGGGACCCUGGGACCCCAAAGUGUGACAUUGUCCCCUGUGUGUGUGGCCUUCUCAGGGUGAGGGUUUUACACCUGAGCCAGUUUGGGUAGGGGGGUGGUGUUCACCCCCCGAGCAGGGAUUACCCCACUGUUUCAGGUUGCAGUGCAAGAUGUAACCAAAUGCAUGUUUUCCAUCACCACCUUUAGAAACUGUUAUAAACAGGCGGGGCAGUGUUCUUUACCUCUUCCAUGACUCAGCCCUGAUAACAUCCCCAGGGGCUAUCUUAGGUUAAUGGGCCAUUGAGUGUCCCUGCAGGACUGGUAAAAUGACAUCAUCCCAUUGUGGGAUGCUCCACCCAGGGGGAGGAGCCACACAUUCCUACCUGGAUAUAAGCUGAGACUUGCAGCACCAGGAGCACCUUGGCUACUGGAUUCCCAGAGGACAAGAGCUCCAUCACCACCACUGGACCUUAAGAGGAAGACCAGACCCUUCUAUAGGAUCACCGCUUCGACAGAAUCACGUUCAUCACUGCAACAGGACUGAGGCCACCAUCUAAUGGGACUGCUACCAGCACCCUGACCAACAGGGUGCCAGGUUAUAUCCUGACUGUCAGUUUAAGGCAGUGUUUCUGUAUCAUUGCCUUAAUCUUAAUUUUCUUCUUAAAUUGUAAUUCUGUCUUAGACUGUACCCCUGGUUUACCCUCAAACCUGUACAUAACUCAAUGCACUCAUCUCUUGUUUUCCUCCCAAAACAGAAUUUCCCAUCUCAAAACCACUGCCAGAUGGAGGAGAAGGCUGCGAGGAAGAGGAAGAUGUCCCGGGACCAUCAGACAAGGAGAUGAGGAUGGAGACCAGCGAGGACAAAUCUCCACAGCAGAACCUUGUGGAAGAGGCCGUUUUGAGUGGCUCCAUGGCACAGGAAUCCAAUGGGGAAGAAAAUUCCCUGAGAUCCUGCAGGAGGAGGUGCUCCAAACCCAGCCCAGGGUGCUCUGAGGAGGAAAGACCCAGCCUGUUGCAGGGAGGUGGACAGAGCUUCAGCCAGAGCUCAGAGCUGAUGGUCCAUGAGCAGCUUCAUGAUGGGGAGAAGCCCUACAAGUGCUUGGAGUGUGGGAAGAGCUUCAGGCAGAGCUGCCACCUGAUCUGCCACCAGAGGAUCCACACCGGGGAAUGGCCCUACGAGUGUGGGGAGUGUGGCAAGGGCUUCAGCUACAGAUCCACCCUUGUGACCCACCAACGCAUCCACACCGGGGACAGGCCCUAUGAAUGCCUUGAGUGUCAGCAGAGAUUUCAGACCCGCUCCACUCUCCUCAGGCACCAGAGGAUUCACAGCGAGGAGAGGCCCUUCCUCUGCCCCGACUGCGGGAAGGGCUUCAAGCAAAACUCCCACCUUGUCACCCACCAGCGCAUCCACACUGAUGAGAGGCCCUUCCUCUGCCCCGACUGUGGGAAGGGCUUCAAGUGCAAUUCCCAACUCGUCACCCACCAGCGCAUCCACACUGGGGAGAGGCCCUACGAGUGCCACACCUGUCAGAAGAGGUUUCACAGCAGCUGCAAUCUCCUCCUGCAUGAGCGGAUUCACAGCGAGGAGAGGCCCUUCCGCUGCCCCGACUGCGGGCAGGGCUUCAAGCACAACUCCACUCUCGUCACCCACCGGCGCAUCCACACUGGGGAGAGGCCCUACCAGUGUCCCCAGUGUGGGAAGAGCUUCAUCAGCAGCUCUAACUUGACCCAACACCAAUGGAGUCACUGGUAAGGGAAGCCCUGCAAAUGCCCCUGCUGCAGGAAGAGCUUCAUGAACUGCUCCAGCUUCAUCCCCCACUGGAUGACCCAUGCUGGUCAGAGCCCUGGUGAUCCAUGUUUCCUGUGAUCCAUGCUGGGAGGACACCUGUCCCUUUUCCUGCCCCUGCCAAUGACAUGAUGUGGAAUCGAAUAACAUGAGGUUGUGGCCAUGGCCGUGACAUUCCAUUCACUCCCACCUCUGGUCAUUGCCAGGGGCAGGAAAGGGAGUCUCUCUCUCCCCUCGAGGAGAAGGGUGUCCUUCCCAGGCAGGAGGAAAUUGUG